AUGGGUAAACUCCAACUUCUUUGUAUAUUUCUCAUAUCAAUCGGGCUCAGUUUUCAAGCCUCUCCGGUUUUUGAUUGCUUCCCAGAACCAAAUGGCGCCUCACAAGUCUCGUGUGAAGCACGUGGUUGUACGUGGCAACCUGACAGUUCUAACAAAAAUGUGCCUUGGUGUAUUUUCAAAGAUGGAGUUGGUUAUUCUUUAGAUUCCCAGAGUGGAUCAACCUACACACUUCGAAAAAAUAAUGGUCCGAAGAAUCCAUGGGGAAGUGAUGCUUUGGAAAUCAAGGUUACCACAAAAUCCAUCGGAAAUAUUUUGAAUGUUCAUAUCGGACAAGCAGGUCGAUAUGAACCACCCGUUGAUUUCCCAAAAGAUGUUGCAAGUUCUUCCGAAACAUUAUCCUUCAAAACUGACACAACAAAUGGACUCUUCUCAUUCCAAAUUGUUCGUGAUAGCUCAUACCGUAAACUCUUUGAUACAUCUCUUGGUGGCCUAAUUUUCUCUGACAAAUUCAUUCAACUCGCAACAUAUUUACCAAGUUCAAAUAUGUAUGGUUGGGGAGAAAAUACUCAUCAAAGUUUGAAACAUGAUUUCUCCAAAUAUCUCACUUGGGCAAUGUUUGCUCGUGAUCAACCACCAAAUUCAGGAAGUCUAGAUACUGUUAAUCUCUAUGGUGUUCAUCCAUAUUACAUGAUUGUUGAACCAGAUGGAAAAGCUCACGGUGUUCUAAUCGUUAAUUCAAAUGCUCAAGAAGUCACAACAGCUCCCGGGCCAUCAAUUAUUUAUCGAACAAUUGGAGGAAAUUUGGAUAUCUAUUUCUUCCCAGGACCAACUCCCGAACAAGUUACUCAACAAUAUUUGAAAUUUAUCGGAACUCCAUUCCUCCCAGCUUAUUGGGCUCUUGGUUAUCAAUUAUCUCGUUAUGGAUAUACUGGAUUAGACGAGAUGAAGACACGUAUUCAAGCUGUAAAAGAUGCUGGAAUUCCGAUCGAUAUUGGAGUUGCGGAUAUUGAUUACAUGCAACGAUACAAGGAUUUUACAACUGGAGAUGUAAGUGAAAAAAACCCUGUAGCGUGACUCUCUAGAUUUAUCAAUACCAGUAUUACCCUAAUUCUGUUUCAGAACUGGGCUGGAUUCAGUGACUAUGUCAAUCAAAUGCACGCCAGUGGUAUGAAACUCAUCCUAAUCUUCGAUCCAGCUGUCGAAGCCGAUUAUGAUUCAUUCCAACGUGCUCUCUCAGCCAAUGCAAAAUUCAUCGAAUGGGAAUCGAGUUCACAAGUUCAACGCGAUAUCCAAAACCUUUAUCCAAUGGCAAAAGACACCAAGAUUAUGUUGGGAGUUGUUUGGCCAGACAAACAUGUCGGAUUUCCAGAUUUCCUUGAUUCCACCGGAAAUACUCAAAAAUGGUGGGCUAGUGAAUUUGUCAGAUAUCAGAAAGAGAUUGGAUUUGAUGGAAUUUGGAUUGAUAUGAAUGAACCAUCAAAUUUCGGAACUAACGAUGCUCAUCCAUGGUAUUUCGAUAGUGAUGAUCAUCCAAACGAUGCUCCGCUUUUCUGUCCAACAAAUGGCUCAAAUGAAUGGGAAAUGCCGCCAUACAAAACAAGAGCUGUUUGGAAAUUCGGAGAUGCCAGUAAUGUUAGUCACAUUUUUCCUACCAAUAUCAGUUCAAUUAAUUUUUUGUUGUUGUUCAGAACGCCUUCCUCGCCUCAAACACUCUUUGCAUGCUCGGAGUUCAAGACAACGGAGCCCAACGCUUCUACAACGUAAAAAAUCUAUACGGUUGGAGUGAGGCCAAAGCCACUCAACAAGCUUUGUUCCAAUCGACUGGAAAACGUGGAGCUGUGGUGAGCAGAUCGACUUAUCCAUCAUCGGGAAAAUAUGCGGGACAUUGGUUGGGUGAUAAUACAGCAAGAUGGGAGGAUUUGAGAACAUCGGUGAUUGGUGCGCAAGAAUUCAAUUUGUUUGGAAUUCCGUGAGUUGAGAAGGAAAAGGGAAGAGGAAAGAGUUAAGAUGAUUGUUUAGAAAUUUAUGAUCUUAGAAUUAGUUUUCUUUAGGACACAUUCUCCUGUCAGAUUUAAAAAUCAUAUCGCUUUUCAAACUAAAAAAAAAGCAACAUUUUACCGAAAUCUGUCAGCAGCUUCUAGAAAUUCCUUUCUAAAAAAUUAAAAAUGGAAAUUCCAGUUGCCACGUCAUAGUUCACGUUAUCUUUUUUUUCCAAAAUAAUUAUUAACAUUUAUUCAUCUAUGUAUGUACAAAAUUCGCAAUAACUUCAAUAGAGGAAUAGAUCUGGGCAAAGUGAAAGACUGUCCGAAUCGUCGAGUCUGUAUGAUCCUGGACAUCUGACGAACAUCUGUAAAUUGUCAACAUUGGGCCAAUUUUGAUGUUAACAAUUUAUUUAAUUAAUUAGGAUAAUUUAAAAAUGAAGAUCUGGGCACAUUUCUAAAUCAAAAGCGGAUCCCGGCAUACAUCUGGUGAAGAUUGUCUGCAAUUUUUCACAGAUUGUGAUGUGAUGUGAUACAAAAAGGACCCGAAUCAUUUAUUAAUUAAAUUAAGUAAUUCUAUUUACAGAAAAUCUAAACUAAAUUAUUUUAUCGAAGGUGCCAAGUUGUGAAAUGAGUAUCUGAAAUUUUGAAUCUAACUAGAGGUCUUAAAGUUCCAAAAAACACUAACAUUGUCUAGAACAUGAAUAAAUCCGGGCACAGUGUCAAACUUUCUGAAUCGACUUUGUAUGUUGGCAAACAUCGGGGAAACAUCAACAUCUAGAAGCCCCGAUUAGAUUUUUUUGUUCGGAAUCAGGAGAAAUCUUUAGAACUCACCAUUUUGUGCAAUCCAAAAAAUAAGUGAUUUUUCCUGCCUGGGAACUAUCCCUCACUCCGCCUUCAAGUCUCCAUCUGCUGCAACAACCACACCCACCUUAGUUAAUUAAUUAAUUUGCGCGCGAGCGCGCAAAAAUAAACAGUUAAUUGGAUUACGGUAGACGAGAUUUACGUCACCACAUUUUAUUUUGUCUUUGAUUCCAUUCCUUUUCACAUUCCACAUGGGCUUAAUUUUUUUUCGUUCUUUUUUUCUCUUCAAGGAUUUUUGGUCGAAGAAUUCCUGAAAGUCUGGGUGUGGUUCGAUCGAUUUUCUGUUCUUCCUCACUUGAAGUGGAAAAAAUCAGUGUUUUUUGGAGUAAAGAACACAGGUCACACACACACAAUUUUGUUGCCCAAUAGGCGAGACUAAUCUGGGUGUGGUUUUUUUUCGAAGACGAAGACUACGUCACAAAAUUUCUAUUUUUGCAUCAUGUUUUUAGGUGUUCCUGAUAUGUAGCUUGGAUACUGUAGAAUUUGGAUAUUUGGAAAAUGAAUUUCUGGAUAGAAUUUUUCUGAAAAUUUCAAACUGUGCUGACAAUGAGUUUUGAAAAAUGUCUUAUUCAAAAAUUUCGAAAAAUAAUUCGUCGGUAAAAAAACUCUAUUGUAAGAACAAAUCUAAUUUUCACGUUUUCAGCUACGUUGGUUCGGAUGUUUGCGGUUUCAUUGGCACAACUACCGAAGAACUCUGCCUUCGCUGGCAACAAAUGGGAGCAUUCCAUUCAUUCUUCAGAAAUCACAACACAAUCGGUGCACCAGCUCAAGAUCCAGCAAUUUGGCCAACAGUUGCCGCAGCCACAAAACAAGCAAAUCUAUUCAGAUAUCAAUAUCUUCCAUAUCUUUUCAGUUUGCAUUUCACAGCUUCAAAAGACGGUGCAACUGUUAUUCGACCAUUGUUCUUUGAAUUCCCAACAGAUGAGGAGACUUAUGAUUUGGGAUAUCAAUUUAUGUGGGGUUCUUCGAUUCUCGUUGCUCCAGUUGUUUAUCAAAACACAAACUCAGUUCAUGUUUAUUUGCCAACUGAUGUUUGGUAUUCACUCUUUGAUUAUAAAUAUGGAUCAUUAAUCAGUCCAGGAUUCACAACUGUUUCUGCUCCAACAACUUCGCGAAUUCCAGUAUUUGUACGUGGAAUGAGUAUUAUUCCAAGACAAACACCAACAAUUACAACAACUGCAACUCGCUUAAAUCCAUUUGAAUUAUUGAUUGCACCAUGUGAAAUGGGAAGAGGAAAAGGUGUUUUAUAUUGGGAUGAUGGAGAAACUAUUGUAAAUAGUUUUAAUACUCAUAAUUAUCAUCAAUUUGAUUUCUUGUUUAAUACAACUACAACAGGAGGACGAUUGACAAUCACACAUUCGAGAAAAGUAAGAUUUUGGGAAAACAUCAUAAAAAAGUACAGAUUUUUCCCCAAAAAUCAUAAUACCUUUCUAGGCCUCCAACAUCAAUCUCCCAACAUUGGACAUCAUUGAAAUCUUCAAUUUCCCAAAUGCUCCAGAUUUCAAAUCCUUCACAAUCAACAAUAUCAAAACAAACAUCAAUGUUCAAACUUCAACAUAUUCUGGAGUCACAAAACGACUUUAUAUUCAAACUACUGGAUUGAUCAAUUUGACUUCAGCUGAUACAAUUAUUCUCGAAUGGUCGAAUGCAGCAAAAGCUGUUAAAGUUGAUCUGAGCAAUCCGGAAAAACUUGCUGCUUUGGAAAACAAUAAAUAUGAGUUGUUCUAA